CACUCGUGUUUAGCUGAAGCUUGAUUGAGUCACAGGCACAUCACCAACGCCCAUUAACGGAACCCAUAUAGGAAAUGCGCCAAGCCUCCGUGAGAAGUCUAUACUUAUUCCGUUUUCGACCCGUUCAUCUUCGGUGCUGCGGUUAUCUGUGCGAUAUUUGUACUUUAUCUGAUGUAUGACAUCGACUGUACAAGUUAGCCGCUCCGUUCACUGCAUGACAAGCUAGCUCCGGGUUCGGAAUACGUUCACUUCAACUGUCUGAACUCCCUCGUUAUCCGGAAAAAAAUGGCAACCCAGAUUGAUAAAGAGGGUUGCCGGGAGGCUUACAACCAAGUCAGAGACGACAAUACGGACAUCAACUGGGCUGUAUUUAAAUACCAAGGCUCCAGGAUUGUGCCUGCAGAGCAAGGGACUGACUAUGAGGAGUUAAAAAAGAUGUGCACAGAUGACGCUCGUCUGUUUUGCUUCCUGCGGAUCAUGACGGGCGACGCCAUGAGCAAGCGAGCCAAGUUCACCCUCGUCACCUGGAUUGGGGAGAGCAUCAGCGGGCUGCAGCGGGCCAAGAUCAGCACUGACAAAGCGUUGGUGAAAGAGAUUGUGCAGAACUUCGCCAAGGAGUUCAUGAUCAGUGAUGCAAAGGAAGUGGACGAGGACUACCUUCGCACGGAGCUGAAGAAGGCAGGCGGAGCCAACUACGAUGCCCAGGCCGAGUAGACAAGUGUCAUUUUUUUUUUUUUUUUUUUUUUUUAAGGAGGUUUACGGGAGGAAACGAUGUGAUUGGAGGUGUUGGCUGAGAAAAUAACACAAAGAAUAGACUGAACAUCCUUUUUAAAACCAAGCCCCAAAUAAAAAGCCUCACGGGGGGGGGGAGACAAAGAUGGGGACCUGCUAACUCGUUGAGUCACACUUUUAAGAAUUCUUCUCAUAGUUUUAUUUUAUUUUUUUUCCCAGUGCUGAUACUUCUUUAAAGUACUUCAUUAGCUAGGGAAGCCACCACAACUUAGAUGUGCGACCUGUUUGUUAGAUUCCAAAAAGCCUUAUUAGACGACGUCGAGCCAAGACGGUGGAACCCGGGCUCAAGACAAAUCCAUCGCAAAGUCGCGAAUACGAAAUGUGCAAGUAAUGGCUAGUUUCGCUUAUAUCCGCAAGGGACGUCGGCUUAAACGGGUUCCACUGUACCCAGUUAUGGUUUAAAUAUAAUAAUAAUAUAACAUACCUUCAUUUGGGGAAUGAAGGAAUGAAUCACGAUUGAAUGUUUUGUUUAUACAACGUUAGAUACGAAUGUCAAAGAUACCAGUCUUAGCUAGCAGCAGUUUGUGGAAGAAAAGUCCAACGUGAAAGAACGGGUGGGGGGGGGCACACAUUUUAGCGUGAAGCACAACGCCGAGGCUUGCAUUACUCAUUCCAGCCUAUUUCGACCGUGAACGUGGAGACAAAGUGCACUCGACAUUGGGUGCUCGACUGAACAAUGUUUGAUUUUUACAAUUCUACAAAAUAUUUUUAACCUUAAAAUUGCCGUUUAAUGAUUCCAUUAGCGUAUUCACACCAGACGGCGUCAUAUGGCAGGAAAUUCUUAAUUUUUCCAUGGAUGGUAAAUAAAAACAGGAUGAGUGUCCAAUGUUUACACAGAAAGACACGCUAUAAACCUUGCAAUCCUGCCUGCACUCAGUGUUUUCCCAGCGUCCGACUCUUUUUUUUUAAUUGUUAUUUUUUAUUUUUUUUU